CCGCUGACGCCCGGAGCCACAACAAUCGAGCAGAGCAGAAGUGAAGCUGUGUUGCCGUCACCUGUCUGUCUGUCACCUGUCUGUGUGUCACCUGUCUGUGACUUGUCUGUCUGUCAGCUGGACCCGCGUGACCUCACGUCAUCAUGCUCACCAGAAACGUCGUUGUUGUGUUGUCUCUCGUGGUGCUGCUGGUGGAGGGAGACCUCGACUCCAACGAUGUUGGAAAACCUGCUGUGUCCACAGAUAAAGACUCGACCUCUGAUGAAGCUCCCACAGAGAGUAUGAACGUCAUCUCUGCUGAUCAGCCUGAUGAAGCCCAGUUUGUUGGAGGAGGACCUUCAGACAGCAUCAGCUCCAGUUCAGAGAUAGUUGACGCACCAGCAGCCAAUCAGGUGACAGCACCUGAACCUGCUGUAGCUGCUGUAGCUGCUGUAAACAGUGUGGAGGAUGACGAUGAGGACGAGAGCGCCACCUCUGGAGAGGGAGGGAAGAAAAAGUUCAGCUCUCGCUCAGCUGGGCCACCGGUACAUCAGAGUCCCCGCCUUCUUCCCAUCAGCCCCGCCCAUGUCAUCCAGAGCCCCGCCCUUCUGCCUCCCCAGCUAAUCAUUCCACAACCGAAGGCUCUGGUGAGGAGUCGAGCGUCCAAGAGAAGAUCCAGGACCAACCGCCGGCAGAUAUAGACACACACACACACUGUCUCUGUUUAAUAUUCACUCAUUCAUCACCUCUGUACUGUAAAACAUGAAACAUGUAAAACUUUCAAGUUUUCUCUGUUUUUGACGUGUAUUAAUAAAGUUCAGCUGAAAGGAAA